AUGAUCAUCGCUGUGUCGUAUUUGCGACAGAAGGGUAAGAUGCGUACCAAAAUAGACAAUAGGAUAAGAACACUUAUAGAGAAUGGUGUUGCCAAGGGUCACCGAAGCAUGUUUGCCGUCGUCGGAGACAAAGGACGAGACCAAAUUGCAGUACUCCACCACAUUUUAUCAAAAGCUGCAGUAGCCGCUAGACCUACUGUGUUGUGGUGCUAUAAAAAGGAAUUGGGGUACAGUUCGAAUAAAAAGAAAAGAAUCCGUCAAAUACAUAUGAAGUCAUCAGUUAGCACCAUAUCGGAAGGUGAUCCAUUCGAAGUUUUCGUAUCAACUACAAAAAUUCGCUAUUGUUACUACAAUGAAACGCAUAACAUCCUUGGAAACACAUAUGGAAUGCUUGUACUUCAGGAUUUCGAAGCACUGACUCCAAACUUAUUGGCUCGAACUAUUGAAACUAUAGAGGGCGGAGGCAUCGUCGUGCUGUUAUUGAAGACCGUCAAUUCUCUGCGACAACUCUACACAAUAGCUAUGGAUGUGCACAACCGUUACCGUACGGAGUCCCAUACCCAAAUUGUGGCUCGAUUCAACGAACGUUUCAUUCUUUCACUUGCCAGUUGUAAAGGCAUAGCUGUAGUUGAUGAUCACCUGCAUGUACUACCUAUAUCCAGUCACAUCUCUUCCUUGGAACCAGUUCAGCCGUCGACCAAGGGCUCUCUGUCGCCGUCAGAAACGGUGCUGAAAGCGCUCAAGGAAAGUAUGAAGGACACGAAACCUAUCGGACCACUUCUUAACAAGUGUCGAACUGCAUGUCAGGGAAAAGCACUUCUCAGACUGCUUGACGUUAUUACUGACAAAGACUUGAACGUCACUUGCUCAAUAACCGCUGCAAGAGGACGAGGAAAGUCUGCUUCCCUGGGUCUUGCCUUAGCUGGAGCUGUUGCUUUUGGAUAUUCCAACAUUUUCGUCACAUCUCCUUCACCUGAGAAUUUGAAAACUUUGUUUGAAUUUGUUGUUAAAGGAUUCGAUACUCUAGGUUACCAGGAACACAUCGAUUAUGAGCUAAUUCAAUCAACUAACCCUGAAUUUCAAAAAGCCCUUGUCCGUGUCAAUGUUUUCAGAGAACAUCGGCAAACUAUCCAAUACAUCCAUCCUUCGGAUGCUGGGAAAUUGGGCCAAGCAGAGCUAGUCGUUGUGGAUGAGGCGGCUGCAAUUCCUCUUCCCUUAGUAAAAGAGCUGAUUUUUGGAACGUACAUCGUAUUUCUUUCUUCAACUAUCAAUGGUUAUGAAGGGACGGGGAGAAGUUUAUCGUUAAAGUUGCUACAACAGCUUCGUCAGCAAUCUGCCGGUAGCGCCAAAGGAGAAAAGCUAGCUUCAAGCAAAGGCAGAAAAUUGCAUGAACUUACUAUGGAGGAAAGUAUACGGUACAAGCCUGGCGACGAGAUUGAACAAUGGCUUAAUCGUCUUCUAUGUCUGAAUGCGGCCAACAUAAAUACAAAGCUUACCUGUGGCACACCACCUCCAAGCGAAUGCGAACUGUAUUUUGUGAAUCGAGACACCUUAUUCUCGUUCCAUAAGGCAUCGGAAUCCUUCUUGCAACAAAUCAUGGCGAUCUAUGUAGCGGCGCAUUACAAGAACUCACCCAAUGAUCUGCAGAUGCUUAGCGAUGCUCCUGCUCAUCAUCUUUUUGCCUUGAUGUCACCGGUCAAAGAAGAUCAGUCGUCAGUACCAGAGGUGUUGGCUUUGGCACAGGUUUGCUUGGAAGGUAACCUCUCGGAGGAGACUGUCAGCGGUGCUGUGGGUACUGGAAAACGUGCUGCGGGAGACUUGCUACCGUGGACUAUAUCACAACAAUUCAUGGACCGAGAUUUCCCGACGUUGUGCGGUGGUAGAGUUGUUCGAAUUGCAGUUCAUCCCGAUUUUCAAUCAAUGGGGUACGGCACUAGAACGAUUGAAUUACUGGAGGAGUAUUAUCUAGGCCAUGUGCCUUCCAUUGAAGAAAAUGUGAAGGAAACAGUCAAGACAAUAAAAGAUGGAAAUACGGUUGCGCUGCUUGAAGAACAAGUGGCUCCUCGAGCCGAUUUGCCACCAUUACUUAUGCGGCUCAGUGAAAGGAAAGCUGAACGACUCGACUACUUAGGAGUGUCUUUUGGUCUUACACUUGAUUUGCUGAAGUUUUGGAAGAAGAGUGGAUUCGUCCCGGUGUAUUUACGCCAAACACCUAGUCCCCUCACCGGCGAAUACACCUGCGCCAUGCUAAAACGACUUCACGGUGAUGAAGCAGAUCCAUCGCCGUCCUGGUUAGCAGCCUACUUCCGGGAAUUUCGUAAGCGCCUGAUCUCUCUGUUGUCGUUCGAGUUCAAGAAGCUCCCCAUUAACCUUGGUUUGUCUUUGCUACAAACUCGAAACAAAGAAGUUAUUACGGUGCUCCAAACCGAUCGCAAAGUUAUAAAUCGCGAGCAGUUGUCGAUGUUCCUUUCGAAUGUUGAUCUCAAGAGAUUAUCGGAAUUCGCACGUAAUCUGGUUGAUCAUCAUAUGAUAACGGAUCUGUUGCCUACUAUUUCAAAACUCUAUUUCGAAGAACGCUUGAAGCAGGAGGUGAAAUUGCCAACAGCUCAAGCUGCUGUGCUACUAGGUUUGGGAUUACAACACAAAAGUGCCGAAACAGUUCAAGAAGAGCUGGAUCUUCCUCAAAGUCAAGUGCUCGCUUUUCAUUCGAAGACGAUCCGGAAACUAUCAGACGAAUUUGAUGCAAUGUGCAUGGAUUCGCUUCGUGAGCUUAUUCCUGACAAAUCUCGUGACAUUGAUAAGGACGAACAGUCGGCCGUUCUUUCUCGUUUAAAACCUCUUGCCGAAAGCCUAGAGGAUGAGCUAAAUAAAGCUGCAGACGAAAUCAGGGAGAGGCAGCUACGGGACAAGAAAGCCCUUCUGGAAGAAAUAGACAGUGAUUUGCCGCAGUAUGCCAUUAAUGUGGACACGAAAACCUUGGCCAGAGCCAGUGAUGUUAAGAUGGUUUACAGCCGGCCCCUGGGAAAAGGGAAGAGGGAUGCAAAAGAAAACAAUGGAACUGGAGGAAAGAAAAAAUCAUUCAAGAAAAAAAAGUUAGUUUGA